UUUUCCUUUUUUCAGUGACAACCGCACGACACCUCGUCAUGGCUUCGAACGACAUUUAUCAUGGCCAAGCCGCGUUCGCUCCUGGGUUGGACGUCCGGCCGCACGAGUAUGCUGCGAAACCGUUUGAUGACGAGUAUGACGUCGAGAUCAAGGUCACGCACUGCGGCAUCUGCGGGUCGGACUUGCAUACGAUCACGGGUGGGUGGGGCAAGAUCGCUUAUCCGUUGGUCGUUGGCCACGAAAUCAUCGGGCACGUCACUCGCGUUGGUUCCAAGGUGGACACUGCCAAGUACCCCAUCGGCGCGCGCGUCGGCGUGGGUGCGCAGUGUGGGUCGUGCCUGGACUGCAACCAGUGCAACCGCCAGCUCGAAAACCUGUGCGACAACAACGUCGUGUACACGUACAACAGUUCCAGCAACGGGUACAUCACGCAAGGUGGGUACGCAGACUACUACCGCUGCCACUUUAACUUUGUCGUGCCCAUUCCCGACGGCAUCACAUCCGAGAGUGCCGCGCCAAUGAUGUGCGCGGGCGUGACCACGUAUGCUCCGUUGAAGCAUCACGGCGCUGGCCCUGGCAAGCACGUGGGGGUGGUCGGGAUUGGCGGGUUGGGCCAUCUGGGGGUACAGUGGGCUGUCGCGCUCGGGGCCGAAGUGACGGCACUGUCGAGUUCAUCCAAGAAGGAACACGAGGCCAAGGAUUUGCUCGGCGCGCAUCAUUUCUUAAACUACAGCGACGCCAGCGCAGUCACAGUGGCUGCCAAGUCGUACGACAUUCUCCUUGUAACGUCGUAUGGCAAGGACACCAACUGGAACGUGCUGUUGAGCCUCGUCGCCACCAACGGCAAACUUGUGCUGGUGGGGCUGCCCGAGGCGCCCGUGUCCUUCUUUCCGUUCUCGGUCGUGUCCAGACAAGUGACGUUUGUCGGAUCGACCAUCGGGUCGCCUGCGGAAUUGGAGGAGAUGCUCGCGUUUGCCGUGGAAAAACGCGUGAAUUCGAUCGUGCAAGUCGUGCCUAUGAGCCGCGCCACGGACGCCCUGCACCAAGUUCGUAACGGGGACGUCCGGUUUCGCAUUGUGCUUAAGAACGAGUAAAUACCCGCUUUUAUUACACAUCCAAAACGAAUGGUUGAGUUUGGG